AUGACGACGUGUGCGCCUUUGCAAGCGCUGCUGGAAAGCACGACGACAGAGGACGCGCACAUCGCCGCUGAAAAACUUGCAGAGUAUGUAAACGAGCAUGGCCUGCGUGCAAUGAGCCGGGAUGCUAUAGUAGAUACGCUUUUGGACCAGCUUCGCACCAAGAAAUCGGCAGAGGUUCGCGAACGUGCAGCGAUUGGCUUGGGCGCGCUCAUCACCAAAGUGGGCGGCAAAAACUCGCCGAGCCCGCUGGGGGCAGAGCCAUGGCUCUCGCGCGCGCUUGCGCCGCUGCUCGACGCGUAUGCCGACAAGCACGACGGCGCCAAGAAAGCCGCCGAGUCUGCCGUGGCGGGUUUGACUGCACUCUAUCCUCCCGAAGGCAUCGCAGAGCUUUUGGAACUACUGUAUGAAGUGAUCGGCUCGAGUGGCGCCAAGUGGCAGGCAAAGGUCGGCGCCUUGAAAGUCAUGAGCCGCCUGCCGGACCGUGCAUUCGAGCAAAUCGGCGACGAGCUCGCACAAAUUACGCCAAUCCUGACCAAUGCAAUGCACGAGACCAAGGCAGAGGUUGCGAAGCAGGCAAUCAAGUCCGCGACUAAGGUGUGCAGCGUCAUUGACAACAACGAUAUCCGGCCGUUUAUUCCUGACCUUGUCGGAUGCAUGGACCGGGCAGACACUGUCCCAGCGUGUAUCAAGAAACUUUCUUCCAUUACUUUUGUUGCCGAGGUCACUGGCCCUGCACUUGCCGUCAUGGUUCCGCUCCUCGGCCGUGCGCUGAACGAGCGGAACCAGACGGUGCAGCGCCAGUGUGUUAUUAUUGUGGAUAAUUUGUGCAAGCUAGUACGCGAUCCCCACACUGCCGCUUCCUUUUUGCCGCCGCUGCUUCCUGCCAUGGAGCGCAUCGAGAAAGGCGCGAGUUUCCCCGAAGUGCGUGAGCAUGCCAAGAGCGCGGUGCAUACACUGCGCACUGCAUUUGCCAAGGCCAAAGACACGACCACUGCGACGGAAAAUCCCGCCGUGGUGCUGAAACGCGAGCGGCAAGACGCGCUGAAGCGCUUUGCCGCCAGUGUUCAGCCACACAUGCCCGACGGCCUUGUGGCCAUGGACGACGUUUGGUCUUUGGUUGGGCUUGAGUAUGUAGCGCGCAUGGUGGUGCGUCUUGCGGACAAGCGUAUCGUGCAAGCGGAUGCAUGGAACGAGAUGUACGUCCUGCCCUACCUGCGCCGUAUCUGUGCAUCGCCGGACGGUGCCCAAGCAGCGACCAAUGCCGUGCGCGAUGAAUAUGUCCAGCUGGACGAGGCCCGCUUCGGCAAGCCAGAAGAAGAGGAGGACGUGGAAGGCGAGCAGCUGUGCAAGACCGUGUUUAGCUUGGCCUACGGCGGUCUCUUGCUCUUGAACCACACCACACUUCGCCUGCACAGAGGUCACCGCUACGGCAUUGUUGCUGCGAACGGCAGCGGCAAGUCCACGCUGCUCAAAGCCAUGCGUGAUGGCAAGGUCGAGGGCUAUCCGCCGCCCGAACAGGUGCGCACAAUUAUGGUAGAGCACUCGCUUCAGGGCGAGGACGGCUCCAAGCCCAUCCUCGAUUUUGUUUCAAACGACGCAGAGCUCAAGCACCGCUCGCGUGAAGACGUGGCAUCGGCGCUGUACAGCGUUGGCUUUGACGAAGAACGCCAAGGAAACCCAGUCGGGAGCCUCAGCGGCGGCUGGAAGAUGAAGUUGGAGCUCGCGCGUGCGAUGCUCAUUGGCGCCGACAUCUUGCUGCUCGACGAGCCGACCAACCAUUUGGACGUGAACUCGAUCAAGUGGCUGGAAGAGUAUUUGGUGAACAACAGCAACAUUACCGUUCUCACUGUCUCGCACGAUUCUAGCUUCUUGGACAAUGUCUGCUCCGACAUUAUUCACUACGAGCACAAGAAACUCAAGUACUACCAUGGCAACCUGUCCGACUUUGUCGCCAAGCACCCCGAGGCAAAGAGCUACUACUCGCUCGCAGCAACUUCGGUCAAGUUUUCCUUCCCACCGCCCGGUUCGCUCAUGGGCGUCCGCUCCAACACGCGCACCAUUCUCAAAGCGUCGCACGUCACGGUACAGUAUCCCAGCAUGUCAAAGCCUUCGCUUGUGGACGCGUCCGUGUCGAUCAGCUUGUCGAGUCGUGUCGGUGUGGUUGGCCCGAACGGCGCUGGAAAGAGCACUUUGAUCAAGGUUCUCACCGGCGAGAUUCUUCCCACCGAAGGCAAGGUGGAGAAGCACCCCAAUCUGCGUGUUGCGCUCAUGGCCCAACACGCGUUCCACCACUUGGAGCAGCACCUAGAGAAGACGGCGUGUCAAUAUAUUACAUGGCGCUAUCAGGAUGGGCACGACCGUGAGAUCACCGAAAAGGUAACGCGCAAGCUGAGCAAGGAAGAGGAAGACCAGAUGCGGGUUCCUAUCGUGUCCAAGACGGGUGAGAAGCGCACAAUCGAGUUCAUUGUGGGCCGCAGCAAGUUAAAGAAGAGUUUCCAGUACGAGAUCAAGUGGGCGGGUAUGGAUCAUCGCUUCAAUACAUGGGUUCCCCGCGAGCGUCUUUUGGAGCUCGGAUUCACCAAACUUGUGCAAAAGUUUGACGACUUUGACGCGUCGCGUGAAGGUGCGGGCAGCAGGGACCUGAGCCAGAAAGCGAUCCGCAAAGAGCUCGAGGCGGUUGGCCUGAACGGCGAAAUUGCCGAGCACAACGCCAUGGGCGGCUACAGUGGCGGCCAAAAGGUCAAGGUCGUACUUGCGGCGGCGCUGUGGAACAACCCCCAAGUGCUCGUUUUGGACGAGCCUACCAACUAUCUGGACCGCGAAGCGCUCGGCGGUCUUGCGGUUGCCAUUCGCGAAUGGGCCGGCGCUGUGAUCAUCAUCUCACACAACCAAGAGUUUAUUUCUGCACUCUGCCCUGAGCUGUGGAAUGUGGAGAAUGGACGGAUCAUGUCCAAGGUGCGUACGGAUCUGGCGACCGACAACUUUGCCGAUGCCGACAGUAAUCCCACCACACCUGGAAUGGAGACCCCCGUCACUCCUAGCACUGCUCCUGGCACCGCUGUGAACAGCGGCACAAAUACGCCGGCGCACAAUUCGGACGACGAAGAUAUGUCGAAACUAAAGGCAAAGAAGGGCAAGAAGAAGCUCACGCGGAAUGACAAGAAAUUGCAAGAGGAGCGCCGGCGCCUUCGUCUUAACAACUGGCUCCAAUACGGCGGCGAACGCGAGCCUGACACCGAUGAUGAGUAA